AUGACAACUGUUAGUGGAAACAGGGAGGCCCAGGAUGAGAAGCCCCAGAUGUCUAGACCUUCGGAUUCUGAAUCCCUGAUUGCUACUACCUCAACUUCCCAGUUCUUAAAGUCUGAGUUGUUGCCUACUGAGGAAUUGAUUGGGAGACGGAAGUAUGACGUGCCAUCAUCAGACAUUUGGUCUGAUGAAGAUAAUGAGGAAGCAUUGGCGACCAUAGAAAAAGAUGAUAAGCCAAAGGAUGAAGCCCCUACUGACCGCCCAUUCUGGGCCAAUAAAACUGAGUACCUCCUGGCCCAGGUGGGCUUCUCUGUGGGGCUGAGCACCAUCUGGCGCUUUCCUUAUCUGUGUUUUCACAACGGAGGUGGCAGUUUUCUCAUCAUCUAUAUCCUCAUGCUGUUCUUGGUUGGAGUUCCUCUUCUUUUCUUGGAGAUGGCAGCUGGUCAGAGGAUGCGUCAGGGCAGCGUUGGUGUAUGGAAGGUCGUCAGCCCCUGGAUUGGUGGCGUGGGGUAUACCAGCUUCAUGGUGUGCAUCAUUGUGGGCUUGUACUACAGUGUCCUCAUGGCCUGGAGUCUCUUCUAUUUGGCUCAGUCUUUCCAGUCUCCACCACCUUGGGCAUGGUGCCCUUUACUGAAGAACUCCAGUGAUUUUGAUCCUGAAUGUGCACGGACAACAUCCACCACGUAUUUCUGGUACCGGAAGGUAUUGAAGGCCACAGAUGAAAUCGAGAUCGGUGGGCUACCAGUCAUGCAUCUCAGUGUCUCUCUUUUUGUGACCUGGUUAAUUAUCUGCAUCUCCAUGAUCAAAGGGCCCAAGUCCAUUGGGAAGAUGCUGUAUGUCUCAGUACUCCUUCCCUACAUCAUCCUUUUCUGCCUCGUUAUCCGGAGUCUCAUGCUGAAAGGUGCACAUUUUGGUCUGAAGAGUUUGUUGGCUGCCAAGGUGUCAGCCCUGUACUCUGUGGAAGUGUGGCGCCGGACAGGGAACCAAAUCUUUUUGUCCAUGGGCCUCGGCUUUGGCAGCUUCACCACAAUCAGCUCGUACAUCCCUCGGUCCAACAACUGUGUCAUUGACGCCUUUGCUGUGGCUCUUCUCAACUUGGCCUCCUCCUUGACGGCCACGGUGUUUGUAUUUGCCUUAAUGGGCCACUUGGCUGCAGAGAACAACGACAAAUGUUACCUGAAGAAUGCUGAGACAGUGAUGAAUCUGGUAGCUACUGGGGUGAUCCCUCCUGAGGCCCAGCCCCCAGAGAGUCUGUAUCAUGAUCCGAGCUCCAUCUACUCCAGGUGGCUCGACAACCUCCCCGAACAAGUCAGAAACAUGGUCCUACUCCAUUUGUCUGAUUGCAACCUAUCUGAGAAAUUGGAGGAGGUAGAAUCCAGAAAGGCAAUUCUCAGCAGCAUCCUGGACAACCAAGACCGAGGUUCAUGGUAUCCUUUUGUGAUGAGGCAGUUGUAG